AUGGCCAGGCUCAUCUCAGUCUUCUUUUUCCUCUGUUCAUUUCAGGCGUGUUUUGCUGCCAGCAAGUGCUACUAUCCUAAUGGAGACAAGUCCACCGACUUCCCUUGCGAUCCGGAGGCCGACCAGAGCGUCUGUUGUGGAGGAGGGUUGGGUUCGGUCUGCCUAUCGAACAAGCUGUGCCUGGGAGCCAACGGAAACACGGUGCGAGGAUCUUGCACGGACAAGAACUGGGCAUCUUCAGAGUGUGCAAUGUUUUGUCUUGGCGCGGACACAGGAGGAACCGACUUGAUAUCCUGCUCAAACGUUACAAACAGCGACACAUCCUACUGCUGUGAUCACAACCCGAACUGCUGCAACAGUGGCGUCGGCAGAUUCAAUGUGCUUCCAUCCGAGCCAGAUAUCUGGGCGACGUGGGACCGAAAAGCGACUGAAUACGCCGUUGUUGGCACAGUGUUCGACAGCGAGCCCACGUCUACAACCGGACCGGCCACAACGACCAGUACAACAUUGACCACGACUUCAAUAUCCGCGCCCGGCACCACCACAAGCGAGACGUCUGCACCAAGCAAUUCAGCACUCAACACGCCAACACCGUCCGAGACACCUUCGGGACUCUCGACUGGCGCCAAGGCAGGGAUUGGGGCUGGCGCUGGCGUUGGGGCAAUAGUGGUUGCAGCGGUGGCGUACCUUCUGUGGAAGAUGCGCAAGAAUGACAGGGCUGCGAAGGAGAACAAGCAAUCACCUCCUACCUACCACGAGCAGCCACCGACAAACGGUGCGUGGCAGCAGUCCCACUAUGCGCUAAAGGAGCCUCAAGUCCCACAGGAACUCCACGGAGACCAAUAUCAGGGCUAUAACGUGCGGGCUGAGCUACCGGCACACAACUGA